AUGGAGAUGAUGGAGACGUGGAAAGAGACGAAGACGGAGGUGUUCAUCGUCGGCGCGGGCCCUUCUGGGCUGGCCACGUCGGCAUGCCUCAACGUGCUCUCGGUCCCCAACAUCGUCCUCGAGCGCGAGGCCUGCACCGCCUCGCUGUGGAAGCUGCGAGUCUACGACCACCUCAAGCUCCACCUGGCCAAGCGCUUCUGCGCGCUCCCGCACAUGCCCUUCCCUGCGGACGCCCCGACCUUCCUCCCGCGCCGGCAGUUCGUUGCCUACCUCGACGCCCCGAUCGACCUUCACCAAGAUGGCCAUCGUGAGGCCCUCCAAGGGGCCCUUCGCCACCAAGUUCACCACCGGCAAAAUGGUCAAGUCCGAGACGAAGAACAUAUCAAGGACAACAAGCUCGAGCUCGAGAACGGGGAAACCAACUACUACGAUCAUAUCAUCUUCGCCACCGGCUUCCGGAGAAUUGCCAAGAACCAGCUUAAGGAUGGCGAAGCACUGAUGGACGAUAAGGGAAUGCCGAAAGAGAAGGCCCCGCGGCACUGGAAGGGAAAGAACGGCCUCUACUGCGUGGGCUUCGGUCAGGCAGGCUUGGCAGGGAUAGCCAUGGACGCCCAGAACGUGGACAACGAUAUCAAGAACCAUUACGUAUAA